AUGAAAAGCAGUUCCCGAAUCAUAUGCUGCGCAACUCUGCUGCUCCUAAUACCGCUGUAUCUUGUAAAGGUGCACCUGGAAGAUUUCUGCGACCAGUACCAUGCAGGCACAUACCUGGUCGACUGGACCAAAUCGCGAUAUUUCCCGCAGACCGUUCCCACCCUCCCUCAUGGACGAACAGGCGACAAGGUUAUCGUCAUGGCUAAGCUGGAGGAAGAACACACGGAGUGGGUCGAGGAAGAACUGCCAGACUGGCAGCGCGCAAUCUACACCGUCAACCCCUCCAAAGCAACCGUCGCAGACACCAAGAAGCUCACCACCCCGCUGAACAAAGGCCACGAAUCCAUGGCCUACCUCACCUACCUAAUCGACCACUACGACGCCCUCCCCUCCACCAUCGCCUUCCUCCACUCCCACCGCGCCGGCUUCCUCAUGGCCUGGCACGUCGACGCCCCGCUCCACGAUAACGUAGCAGCCAUGCGCGCCCUCCAGCUCGACUUCGUCCAGCGCAACGGCUACGUUAACCUCCGCUGCAACUGGAAUCCAGGCUGCAAGGCCGCCCACCGUAUCAACCGCCACGUCACCGAGCAGGUCUGGGCGGAGAUCUUCGACGGAACGAGUACCCCGCCGCUGAACACGACGACUUCGCCUGCCCGUGCGGCAAUGGCCGUGGAUGCUGCAGCGCCCCAGCAGAAGUUCCUGGCGAAACCGAAAGAAGUCGGCGCCGCGUGCUGUGCGCAGUUCGCCGUGUCGCGGGAGCAGGUCCUCCAGCGGCCGCGCGACGAUUAUAUCAGAUUCCGGCAGUGGGUUAUCGAUACCGACAAGGACGAUGCGUCGAGUGGGCGAGUGAUGGAGUUCCUGUGGCAUGUAAUUUUUGGCCAGGAAGCUGUAUAUUGUCCCGAUGAGGAACUCUGCUAUUGUCAGGUCUAUGGGAAGUGCUGA